GAUUAUUAUCUCUACCUUGACGAGUCUUAGCUCCUAGAGACAUUGACUGCUCCGUACAUUUGGUGAAACCGAUAUAAAUAAAUGGAAGCCAUACCCUAAAACACCUCUAGUCAGUGGAGCAUCAGCUCCUCUAAAUCGCCAAAACUAUGAAGCACUCCACGUUGCCCUCCUUAAACACCAUUACUCGAACGCAGGUAAACAUAGAAAACCAAGAAAAAUAUAAGCAGGAAAUCUGAAGAACCUUCUCAUGAGCCCCUCUCUGGCUAUAAAACCUCUGCUCCUCCUUCCACUUCCUCAAAACCUUUCCAUUAAUCUCCCAUCCACACUAACCCUGCAACCCCACUCCACACCAUCUAUGGCCUGCUACUCCAUUAGAGUAGGAGAUCUAUAGGUCCAAGCUCACCGCCUCUCCUAGCUCUCGCCUCCAUCUCCAUGAGCGGGAACCACGCGCAUUGCGCAUUGGCAACUCCGUCCCUAUACAUCUAGCUUGGCUGGCUAGCAAUCCCGGCCCGCCUCGGUCGAUAGAUCUCUCCUCGUUGGUAAACAUGGAGCUGGCGACGAUGGUGACGCUGACGCUGCUGGCCUUCUCGGCAGCGACACUGGCGCGGCUGCUGGUGGAGCGGGCGCGGCGUCGGCGGUGCUAUCUGCUGGACUACGUGUGCUACAAGGGGACGGACGACCGCAAGCUCCCCACGGAUCUGUGCGGCGAGAUCAUCCAGCGGAACAAGCUGCUGGGGCUGGAGGAGUACAAGUUCCUGCUCAAGGUCAUCGUCAACUCCGGCAUCGGCGAGGAGACGUACGGCCCGCGCAACAUCAUCGCGGGGGGCGAGGCCAGCCCCGACCUCCUCGCCGAGGGCAUGGAGGAGAUGGACGAGACUUUCCACGCCGUGCUCGACGAGCUGUUCGCCAGGUCGGCCGCGCCGGGCGGGCUCGGCGUGCGCCCCGCCGACGUCGACCUGCUCGUCGUCAACGUGUCCAUGUUCUCCCCGGCGCCGUCCCUGUCGGCCAGGGUGGUGCGCCGCUACGGCCUCCGGGAUGACGUGAAGGUGUUCAACGUCACCGGCAUGGGCUGCAGCGCCACCCUCAUCGCCCUCGACCUCGCCAACAACUUCUUCAGAACGCACGCGAACACGGUGGCCCUGGUCAUGACGUCGGAGUCGAUCGCGCCCAACUGGUACCCGGGGAACAGGCGCUCCUUCAUGCUGGGGAACUGCCUCUUCCGCUCCGGUGGCUGCGCCUACUUCCUCACCAACUCGCCGCGGCUGCGCCCGCACGCCAAGCUGCGCCUCCGCCACGUCGUGCGCACGCACACGGGCGCCUCCGACGAGGCCUACAACUGCGCGCUCCAGAUGGAGGAUGACGCCGGCCGGCCCGGCUUCCACCUCGGCAAGGAGCUCCCCCGGGCCGCCGUGCACGCCUUCGUCAAGAACCUCCGCGUGCUGGCGCCCCGCGUGCUCCCGCUCCCGGAGCUCCUCCGCCUCGCCUACGCCACGCUCUCGGCGCGCUUCCUCACGCGCAGCAACAAGAAGAAAUCGUCCUCCGCGCUCACCAUCCGGAUGAAGGAAGGGGUGGACCACUUCUGCGUGCACACCGGCGGCGCCGCCGUCAUCGACGGCGUCGGCAAGGGGCUCACCCUCACGGAGCACGACAUCGAGCCGGCGCGCAUGACGCUGCACCGCUUCGGCAACACCUCGGCCAGCAGCGUAUGGUACGUGCUGUCCUACAUGGAGGCCAAGAAACGGCUCAGCAAGGGCGACCGCGUCCUCAUGCUCACCUUCGGCGCCGGAUUCAAGUGCAACAGCUGCGUCUGGACGGUGGAGAGGGCCACCGCCGAUGCCGGCGUGUGGGCGGACUGCAUCCACGAGUACCCGCCCAAGGAGAUCAGGAACCCCUUCAUGGAGAAGUACGGCUUCGUCAAGGACAUGAGCGCCUUGUGAUACAGUCCACCAACUUCACGUACAUGAUCGUCACUUAAUUUCUACGUAUACACGGUUGAUUUUUAAGAAGAUGAAAUAGUACAAGAAGGACAUGACGAGGAAAAAAAUAGAGUUAAGCUAAGGAUUCAUUUGCAGGUACACAUCUAUCUAUCUAUCUAUAGCGUACUUAUGAUUCUUUCUUGUAAUGGUGGCCGUGACGGAGGAGCGGCGCAUUAUUGAACACUGCUGUGGGCCGCGGGAGAUGUGUUCUUUUGUACGUAAUUUAAAUUUUCGGUGUCAAUGUUAGUUUUUUCCUGAAGAAUUGGUUGCGUUGUUUUGUCUCUGUCGAUCUAUCUGAGUGUACGGUUAAUAAAUCAAUGGAAUUCUUUUGUAA